GCCAUUGCGCCCGUCUCCGUCUCAACCAUAUCAGCGUAGAUCGGUCUGAAAUGUACACAAUGAACCAUGUGCUUAUAUUUCCUUGUUCAUUUAUGUUUUAAAACAUCCAGUUUAGUGAUUUCCGGUUAUUGAAUCUGGCUCAGUUUGGAGAGAGGUAGGCUCGCUCCUAACAGAACAACAUCGCGACUCAUUGACCGUCCAGUUGGGUUAUCUAUCAAGACGUGGCAUGACUGUAUCGAUAUUCAAAGGUAUUCAUUUAUAACAAGUCAAAGUUACUGUAAGAGCCAUCACAGCAGUUAGGAAGAAAAUCAUGUUUUAAUCUACGGACACGUCCCGCUGGCGCGCGCGGACUCAGAUGACAUUUGGAGACCUACCAGGAGCUCCGGUCCGGGCGAGGAGUAAACACACUUCUUCUGUGCAGUGUGACUGUUCCUGCUGCUCUAUUAGGUUAGCCACCACCACUGUGGCCCCAAGGCUACCAGGCCAUGAGCAAUUUCAAGGGCCACUCAGGACAGGAUGUGGAGAAACAGGGUAUCAAGUUGCCAAAGAAAUGGGCUGACCUCAAAGACAAGGUGCCCACAGAUCGUACCAUGGUGUUAAGGGGGGGGGGAGGAGAUCCAGACCCCCCAAGAGUGGUGAAGAAGCGUCGUCAGCGCUACGUAGAGAAGGAUGGCAAGUGCAAUGUGCACCAUGGCAACGUGCGGGAAACCUACCGGUACCUAACAGACAUCUUUACGACGCUAGUGGACCUGAAAUGGCGCCUCAACCUUCUUGUUUUUACCAUGGUGUACACCACAACCUGGGUGUUCUUCGGCCUUAUCUGGUGGCUCAUCGCCUACAUCCGAGGUGACUUGGACCACACCGAUGACAAUGAUUGGACACCUUGCGUGAACAACCUCAACGGUUUUGUCUCUGCGUUUCUGUUCUCCAUCGAGACGGAGACCACAAUUGGUUAUGGCUACCGGGUCAUCACCGACAAGUGCCCGGAAGGUAUCAUCCUACUGCUGGUGCAGGCCAUUCUUGGGACCAUCGUUAACGCCUUCAUGGUGGGCUGCAUGUUUGUCAAGAUCUCACAGCCCAACAAGCGCGCCGAGACGCUCAUGUUCUCCCACACAGCCGUCAUCUCCAUGCGCGACAACAAGCUGUGCCUGAUGUUCCGUGUCGGGGACCUGCGGAACUCGCACAUCGUGGAGGCCUCCAUCCGGGCCAAGCUGAUCCGUUCCAAACAGACCAAGGAAGGGGAGUUCAUCCCGCUGAACCAGACGGACAUCAACGUGGGCUUAGAAACAGGGGACGACCGCCUGUUCCUGGUGUCACCGCUCAUCAUCUGCCACGAGAUCAAUUCCUCCAGCCCCUUCUGGGACAUCUCCAAAGAGCAGCUGGAACGGGACGAGUUUGAGAUCGUGGUCAUCCUAGAGGGCAUGGUAGAGGCCACUGGGAUGACCUGUCAAGCCCGGAGCUCUUAUCUGGACGCAGAGGUGGUGUGGGGUGAGCGUUUCACCCCUGUCCUCUCCCUGGAGGAGGGCUUUUAUGAGGUGGACUACGACACCUUCCACCACACCUACCCGACCCCGACCCCCCCCUGCUCUGCCCACCAGCUAGCCGAGCUGGCCAAGAAGGGAGAGAGCAUCCCCAUACCACCUCUCUCCCCCCAUGACACCGUGGAGGAGACGUUGAGGCCGGAGGUGGCGCCACACACAGAUGAAGGAGACACAGAAGGGCCUGGACCACGCGAGGAUGAGAAUGAGGCGGACGGGGAGACAGUCAGCAAUGGAGACAUGAACAAAACGGACAGCGGACUAGAAUGACAUAUGUAUGUGUGUGUUAAUCACAUCCACGUCAUCCUCCUGCUCUCCCAGCCUGGGGUUACUGAGUUAGCUAAACUGAGAGUAGUUAGCUAGGGCUUAUAACAUUUGGAUGUAAUAAGGCAUACAUGAGCUUGUUUCUCACUUGUUUACACUGUCUGAAUCAUGUGUCAAUUAACUCAAAUAAAUUAAACUUUAGUUCUCUUGACAUCAAUCAUGAAGGCUCUUAUCAUAUAGGCCAUUGUUUAUGUUCAAUUUGGACAAGUUAUCCAACUCACAAAAAGUACUUUGGUUAUAGAAGUAAGCAUAUACUGCACUAUAUUUACUCUUGUGUGUUUUUGGUAAUGGAAUGGCACAACUACUCAGUUAAUCCAUAACUGAACUUUGCUUUACGUUUUGUAUACAAAAAGAAAAAUGAGUAAAUUUAUAAACCAACAUAUGAGCCUGGUAGAAAAGUAAUCCGAUGACCAGGUGAGGUAACUGGCAUGAUAUUUGGAACAUGUUCUAUUUGUACGUUGUUUGUAUUUCUGGAAGCAUAUUCUUUUGUGUUUACCAAAAUCGUAUUAAUAAUGAUAAUACAAUAAAUCAGUCAGCACAAUAUGUCAUAAGGGCAAAUAUUGACCAUAUGGUUAUAGGGUCAUUGAUCUGAUAUUCCUUAACAUGAUGCCAAUACAUAGUUAAUUUACUUUCUCUGUUAUAACUUAACUGAAUCAGAAUGUUUG